CUUGUUUUGAAGAUGAAAAUUUUAGGACACCUCGGAGUUUUUUGAAAUUAAUACUAGUUUAUGGCGUUAGAAGGGCCCAAGUAGGGAAGUUAGACAUUUUAAAGGAAUUUUUGAGUUUAUUGAACAUUUUGUUGGGAGUUUUACCUCUUUUUGGAUUUGAUAAGCUCAUUGUUUUUGUAGAAUAAUUCCAUAUGUCUUGCAAGGAUAAUAUAAAGGUCGCAGUAAGAGUGCGUCCUCUCAAUUCAAAAGAGAAUGAAUUGCAAGAAUGUAUACAAGUCUUGAAUGAUAAAGAAAUUAGACUCGAACAAAAACUAGGUACUACAAAGAAGCCUCAGAGCUCAAAAAUGUCAUCAAAUACUUUCAAGUUCGAUUACGUAGCAGAUCAUACAAAGUCACAGAAGGAAAUCUUCAAUCAAGUCGGGAAAGAAAUAGUGGAUUAUUGACUUGCCGGCUACAAUGGAACUAUUUUUGCUUAUGGCCAGACUGGUUCUGGAAAGACGUUCACCAUCCAAGGGCCUACCAAUGAAAACAAUACUCAAAGCGAAAGCAAAGGCAUCAUGCCUCGAUCUUUCGAGCAUAUCUUUUAUAACUUAAAUCGCCUUGUGAAAGAAAACGAUUUUGAAUAUUUAGCCAAAUGCUCUUAUCUAGAAAUCUAUAAUGAACAGAUACAAGAUCUACUCGACCCUUUGACACCUGUUCUCAAGCUAAGGGAGAGUAUGGAGAGAGGAGUUUAUGUAGAAGCAGCCAUUGAAGAAAUCGUCACAUCUGCAGCCCAAAUGAGCCAAAUCAUUAAAAAGGGAACCCUCAACAGACAUAUAAGUUCCACUAAAAUGAACGAGAACUCUUCACGCUCACAUGCUGUGAUGACUUUAAGAAUAGAGAUUAAAAAGCUGCAGGAAGGUCUUUCUGAUGUCACAAAAUCCUCUUUCCACAUUGUCGAUCUUGCAGGCAGCGAGAGAGCAAGCAAAACAGGAGCUGAAGGAAUGGUCUUGGAGGAGGCUAAAAAUAUUAAUCAAAGUUUAUCAACCCUUUGCAGAGUAAUCAAUAGUCUAACACAAAACCAUUUGGGCAGAAAGAAGUUUGUUGAGUACAGAAGUUCAAAACUUACAAAUUUACUCAGAAACUCGCUUGGAGGGAAUUCAAAGACACUGAUGAUUGCUAAUGUCUCACCAGCUUCUUGCUCGUUUCUUGAAACUAAUUUUACACUGAAGUUUGCCAAAAGUGCUAAGAUGAUCAAGAACAAAGCUGUUAUUAAUGAUGAUUCUUCUGCAAAUGUGACCCAAAUGAAAAGCUUAAUAGCAAAACUCAAUAUCAGAAUCCAUGAUCUUGAAUUAGAAAGAGCCUCUUCGAAUUGCGACUUGGGUGAAGAAGAGGGAAAAUAUAAAAAUCCUGGGGCAAAGGAUAGAGUUAGCGAGUCUAUGUUAGAAAAGAGCAAAAUAAAAUAAUCACAUGGAAGCCCAACCAAGGACACAGUUUCAAAUCUUCUCUCCUUCCAUGGUCUCUAAGCUUGGUUCUGAAGAAGUCACUGGAGAUGCAAAACUUGUGGAAAAAGUGAAAAAAAUACAGUACUUAGUUAAACUUUGUCUUGAACAAUCUGUUCAAAAGGAUAGAUUAUUCCAACAGGAAAUAGAUAAGAAGAAUGCCAACAUUUUAAAGCUAGAGGCCAUACUUGAGGAAUAUAAUGAGCUCUCGAAGAAAGAGCAGAUGUUAAUAUCCUCUCGCGGCAAGACGAUUGCUAAACUCGAAAAUAGCUCAGAGGUCGACCUUGAAGACUACAGAAAUAAUCAGAUUGAUCUUCUGAGGAAAGAAAAUGAGCUCCUAGAGAAUAAAGUAUCUAAUAAUCCUGAGCUCGAAGGUUCCAAAACAAAAUAUUCCAAACUCGAGAACCAAAUUCAGGAAAUCAACGGAGACUGAAAACUUGAAAGAUUAGAACUCGAGGGAGUUCUUUUAUCUGUUUCAAAUCUGAACAGAAUGACUCUAGAAUAUCUAGAAGAGAUCUGAAGGUCACAAGAAGAGGUUCAGAUUAACACCAGUGGUAGCAAGAGGGUAUCUAAUGUCUCCUUAUCCCCAAUCGAGGACGAGAAUCAGCUUGAAGGAGGACUCAAGAGUGCUAAUGAUGAAAUUGAUGGGCUUAAGUCUAAUAUAAAAGAAUGCACUGCAAUUAUUAGCUCAAAGGACUUAGAAAUUAAUUACAAAACAAGUCAAAUACAGGACCUGGAGAAAUUCAAUCAAGCUCUUAAAGAGCAAUUGGCCGAUUAUGAGAGAAGUUGUUUUGGAAAAGAGAAUGCCCAGAACAAGAGCGGGAAAAUAUAAAUCUGGACUUAUUAGAAUCCCAAGGUCGUGAGAGGAUUCUUAAACAAGAAAUUGAGAACCUCAAACUAAAGAAUUCUUAUCUCAAGGGACUUCUUAAGUCAAAAGAGCAGGAGGUCGACGGGUUCAACAAAGCUUUAACUGUGAGCAAUAACUCUUUUGAUAAGCUAAAGGAGAAUUAUGAUAAGGAGGUCAAAACUAUUCAGAAUGAGUGUCACAAUAUGGCUAUUCAGAAGUACGAAGUAGAGCAUGAAAAUUCCGAACUCAAGCAACUCAUUCAAGACUUAGAAGAAGAAAUUCAGAAAUUAUCAGAACAGAAUGAAAUCUUAGAGAAAGAUAUUUCAAUUGAAAGUUCCAUUAAAAACGAACUGAAUAUUGCUUACCAGACUCAACAAGAAAAAUAUGAUUUUGAAAGCAGCGAGCUUGAAAAACUUCAAGAAAAACUCGAAAAGCAAGCUGAAGAUAUUAGAUAUAAGCAGAGCGAGAUUGACAGAAUUAAUGGACAGCUUCAGUCCUUUCAACAGAGUUUAAUAGAGAAAGUUAACUUCCAGACAGAAUAUUUUAGAUGCCAGGAUCGUCUAAAUACACUGUCUGAGAAUCUUGAUCAGGGUGCUGAAGAGUUAGAAGCUUUGAAUUCUCAGUAUAAAGAUGCAAAGAUGACUAUUCUAACUCUAAAAGAGAAGAUUAAUGAUGUCAUGGAUCAGAAUACUUCCCUUGAAGGAGCCAAUUCGCGAUUAAGAGAAGAUAUUGCUUAUCUGACAGAUCAAAUCCUCGAAAAAGAUAACAAUUUAGAAGAGGCUAAGAAGGCAAUAGAAGAGAUUAAUAACACAGCAAAUAAGAUGUGCAAAGACAUGUUCCAAAAAUUUAACACAAUGAUGAACUCUCAGAGUAGUCCUAGGUCCCUCAACCACGUUGAGAAUCAAAAGGAGGAGGAGAUUGUCACAUCAACCAAGGAAAUUCCAAAUCUUCAACAAAGAGACAGAGGAGCUGAUAUAACCUUAACCUCAAAGCUAAUGGACCAGAUAUGCAUCUUAGAGAAAAGACAGAUGCAAAUUCUAAAAGAAAAUGAAAAACUCAAAGAAAAUUUUGAGCUUGCUAAGGUUACUCCCAAGACUGGGAGGAAAAACUUUGCAAAGAGAGGCCAUAAUCCACUUAUGGAGGAAAGGCUUGCCAAAUGGGUUAACUAUGAACAGAAAAGAGGCAACAAAUUAUCGAGAGAGGCUGUAAGAAUUAAGGCAAAAGAAAUCUGGGGCGAUAUUAAGGAACCUUCGGAAAAGUCAAGAACUUUUGAGGGAUCGAGAAAUUGGAUGGAUAGGUUUCAGAGUGUUUUCGGCUUUCAUUUUAGCUAAAUAUUAAUUUUCAAUGUUACUAAAA